GGAAUGUACCUGUAGAUUUCCCUGAUCUGCAGAUUCUACAGUCACCACAUGGGAAACAUCAGGAUUCUGAAUGUAACACAUUUCCCUCAGAUAAGAGGUCAUUCACAUGGCAAUACAUUUUGCAGACUGAAACCACACAGCUUAAAAGAUUGGAAAGCAGUGAGUUUAUGAAGAAAACAGAACGAGGAACGCAUCUGGAAACUUCUGCAGGAGAAAGGCAGGGCAAUUGGAUUAAUGAUGGCAGUACUUCAGUGCCCGCUAAAGAAAGGUUUUCUACUCCAUUAAUUCACAGUGAAAAAACACAAAACAAUGUACUGGCAAAGUCAUAUAAAUACACCACAUGUGAUAAAAGUUUUAGACAGAAAAGUGCUGUUAUAAUUCAUCAACAUAUCCACACUGAGCAGAAACAAUAUAAAUGUACCACAUGUGACAAGAGUUAUAACCGUAAAAACAAUCUUGUAAGUCAUCAGCGUAUCCACACUGAGAAGAAACCUUAUAAAUGUACCACGUGUGAGAAGAGUUUUAGGCACAAAAGCAGUCUGGUAAUUCAUCAGCGUAUCCACACUGGGCAAAAACCCUAUAAAUGUGCUACAUGUGAGAAGAGUUUUAGACAGCAAAGCUCUGUUAUAAGUCAUCAGCGUAUCCACACUGAGCAGACGCCAUAUAAAUGCACCACAUGUGAUAAAAGUUUUAGACAGAAAAGCACUCUUAUAAUUCAUCAGCGUAUCCACACUGAGCAGAAACCCUAUAAAUGUACCACAUGUGACAAGAGUUUUAGGCACAAAAGCACUCUGUUAGGGCAUCAGCAUAUUCACACUGAUCAGAAAUCCUAUAAAUGUACCAUGUGUGAGAAGCGUUUUAAGCAGGAACAGAGUCUGGUAAUUCAUCAAUGUAUCCACACUGGGCAAAAACCCUAUAAAUGUACCACAUGUGACAAGAGUUUUAGGUACAAAAACAAUCUGGUAAGUCAUCAGCAGAUCCACACUGAGCAGAAACCUUAUAAAUGUACCAUGUGUGAGAAGAAUUUUAGGCAGAAAAGCAGUUUGGUAGUUCAUCAACAUAUCCACACUGGGCAAAAACCCUAUAAAUGUACCAUGUGUGAGAAGAGGUUCAGAGUGAAAAGCGCUGUUGUAAGUCAUCAGCGUAUCCACACUGAGCAGACGCCAUAUAAAUGCACCACAUGUGAUAAAAGUUUUAGACAGAAAAGCACUCUUAUAAUUCAUCAGCGUAUCCACACUGAGCAGAAACCCUAUAAAUGUACCACAUGUGACAAGAGUUUUAGGCACAAAAGCACUCUGGUAAGGCAUCAGUAUAUUCACACUAAUCAGAAAUCCUAUAAAUGUACCAUGUGUGAGAAGAGUUUUAAGCACAAACAGAGUCUGGUAAAUCAUCAGUGUAUCCACUCUGGGCAAAAACCGUAUAAAUGUGCCACAUGUGACAAGAGUUUUAGGUCCAAAAACAAUCUGGUAAGGCAUCAGCGUAUCCACACCGGGUAAAAAUUAUCAGAAGCUUCAGAUAAAAAUUUGCGUUCAU